AUGUUGAAUUAUUUAGAGAGUUGGAAUAUGCCGUUUCGAACGAUUCAAUACGACCACGAUUUAAUGAAUAUUUGCCGAUCAAUGAGGCCAGAUGACACGAUCCUCGUUGAUUCCAUUCUCAAAGGAGCGGAUCUUUGUCGACGGCGGGAGAAUCAAGGAAGCCGACGUCCAGAAGCGCGAAGCUUCGAUCCCUUCCACUCUGGUUUCAAUCCCGAAGCUGAUCCGAUCAUUCCCACCAGCGAAGAAUACCCUCUCCGAGGCGAAAUCAGCCCAACUUUGCCCCGACGAUCGAUUGUAGAAUCCUCGGAUUCUUCCUCCGACGAUGAAAAAUUCCGCCACAAACCCUGGAUCACCGAAAACAUUCUCGAAAUGAUUGUUGUCCGGGAUCGACUUUACCAGAAAAUGAAAACGAACCCCUGCGCAGAGACUUCGCAGACAUACAAAAAGGUGCCUGUAAAAGGUGCUCCGGACGGUGUCAAGUUUUUAUCGACCGUCUUGAACAAGCAGCUAGGAUUGAAAUCGACUCAUCUGCUGGACAAGGAUGUUCUUUUUGAUAGUGGCAAGAUGGAGAAGCUGUUCCUCGACCAUGUGUUGCUCCUCUGGAGCGUGAAGGAACGCGAGAGCUGGAGGGAGAAAGUUGAGGAGUAUUUACGCGAUCGAUUGAAAAAUAUACCAGUGCUCAAGUACACGGAUAAGCUCGGAAAACAGGCUGAUGGAAACUGGGUCUUCUCGAACAAGGCUCAAUUUUAUUCCAAUGGAGCUCAAAUACCAGAAGACAUGACUCAAUUCUACCAUCCAUCGAGCCUCGACGAAUCCUUCCCAAGAGAGUCUUCUCAAGAAGAUCAUCUCCGAAACUUUCUUCUUUCGGUUCGAAAUGCCCACAAUGGCUCGAUUGCUCCAGCACUUCUCUUCUCUGCUUUCGUGUUGAAAUUCCACGAGCCCGUUUUUGAAGUCUUGCGGUUAUCCAGCGGUGCUGCGAAAGCCCCAAAAUUUUUGUCGUCGAAGAAGGCUGGACUUCUAUGUAAAAGCUUUUCGAACAUCACGAGCAUAAAGGAUGGAGUCAAUGUUGUUGAGAACGAAGAGCACAUUGUCGAUUUCUUGAAUUCAAGCGAUGGAGAUGUUUUCGAAAACGUUUUGGUCGAGAUUCCUUUUAGCGAAAACAUGACAAGUUCCGCGAAUUCAAAAGAAUUCGUCAAGAACUGGGUAAAAUCACCAAGCUCCAAGUACAACUGCCUUUCACAACUCAUCAAGCUUGAGAAGGCUCUCUCGGCUGACUCGUUUGACGAACGCUUCCGAGGAUGGCUAGAGCUUAUAAACAAAAAAGACAAAGAAAUUAAGAUCAAUCUAGCGAUUCUGUUUGCGACUGUGGAGCUUCUCGGUGACAUUCACGGAGAUUGGGACAAAGCAAAAGUCCAGGAACUCGCAUCAAAAAUUUUGGGCGACGACUUCAAAUCACCGUUGAAAAGACCUGCUCACAACGGAUUUCUUUCAACAGUUGCAAAUAAGCUUCCGCGAAUAGAGUCUGUUCCGACUGUUCAGUCGCACCUUGGAGCAGUAGCACUGGCAAAUUAUCAGCCACAAGUAUCGUCUUCCUUUCCUUCUUCAUCCCUUGCAUCAUCGCUUCUGAAAACGACGAGUUCGUCAGUUUCUUUCACCGGAGAGCAUGAAAACCUUCCGCCCAUUGAUGGAUUAGCUUUGAUGCAGAAUCCACUGACAACCGAAAACAUGCAUAAAAUCGUCAACGCAAUAAUCGCUUUCUUCCUCGGACAAAUUCCGCCGAAUCGAGACCCAAAAGACUUCAUUCGCAGCUCUUACAGAACAAGAGACAGUACUGAGGUCUACCUCGCUCUUCGACUUCCGAUUCUUCGGCGGCUGCUGGAUGCGGAGACAAGGAAGGUAUUCCGCGAUAUUUUGGACAGCUGUGGAGGACAAAGACAACAAACAAGAUUUGGCUCUGAUUCGACCUCGGCGCAGCUUAUUCCGCGAGAUUUGGUUUCCAAGACGAAUUUGGACAGGAUCGAAGUGAUGAUAAGAAAUAGAGCUGAACAACGAAAAAUGCUUCAAACGACCCGUCCUCUCGGAAUGCCCUCGAUGGUCCAUUCUGGACUCAGUUUGCUACCCGAAAACCUGCAAAUGCUAAACGACUGCCCACCGCAAAAACAGCUCAAGCUCGGAGAUAUCCUGACAGAGGAGAACUCGUUAUCGUUUGAUGCCGAAGAGUGUUCUGUAAAAAUUGAAGGUGUUGAGUAG